AUGGGGGAUGCCUCGGAAACAUGGUUGCCAGAUGACGAGGAGUUCCACCUUGAGGAGGGCGAGGAGGGCUUGGAGGGGAGCGCCGGCGCCUCCUGGAUCGCCUUUCUGCGGGAUGAUGUCAAAGUCCAAUGCGCUGUUUGGCUCUGCGCAUCUGCGGCGGCGGCAAGGCACGCGGCGGCGCCUUGCUGCAGGGGUUUGCUCGAGCUGGCCUUGGGCAUGUCCCCCAAAAUCCCCAGCGUCUUUGGCUGGGCUGUUGCCAGCUUGCUCUCUCUCGCAUGGCUUCUGCUGGACCUGCAAAUGGUCUUCACUUCAGAGCAGAGAGCAAUGCUGUUCCCUCCCUGGAGCAUCCUCGUGUUUGUGAAGCAGCCGGUGGCUGUCGGGUCAGUUGUUAUUUUCUUGGGCUACGAUGGCCGAAGCUAUGUGCGACGUGUUCAGGCCAUCGAUGAGACCGUUGCUCCCAGCAGGUUUCAGACCGUCGGAGACCUCGCUGGCGCGCCCAGCGACAAGCCCCUCUACAGCGCCGAUGGGAGUGCGGAUUGGCUGGAGGCCCAGGCGAUCAAGGGCACGCUCCUUGCAGGACCAUUCCCGAUCUCGAGCGUCCUGUCCGUGGCAUUCGUCCUGACAAUUCUCAGCCCUCCCAUGGCUUUCGCGUUCUUCGUCACCAGCCAGCCCUUGGUAACGCUCUGGUUCCUGCUGCUUGCCAGCAUCGGCAUGAGCUUCCUGUUUGGUGCGCUGUCAUGA